AUGAGCUCAUCGGGUGCCAGGAUUCACGGUGAUCUUAACGGUAUUCCGGGUUUUACUGGUGUCCUUGACUGGUCGGGCUGUAGUUGGAUUUACAUCCACGGUAUUCCGGGUCUUACUGAGCUUGCUUUCGAGUUCCUUGUUACUCAGCUGCUAGCUCGAGGAAGAGUGCUCCGGGGCUCCGCGACUCCGGUUUAUAUAACUCUUUCGGCUGACGGUGGGGACAAAAUAAGCUUUGCCAUUGGUCCGGGAGCUCCUAUACCCCUUCCACUGUACUUUGACUGGCGCGCAUAUUCGCGGCGCAUCGCGGCUUCCGAGUCGCCUGGCCCGCGAGCUCCGACUUUCCUUGACGCGGUCUUUGGUUCGCGUGCACCUUUACGGCGCAUCGCGAUUCCCGAGCUGCUUACUUGGCGGUAA